GGGAUUAUGGAGAGGCUCUUCACUCGACUGGCAUGAGACGUGUCUGUGCGAUAGCAUCAUGCACACUUUGGCGAUUUUCUUCCUCGUCCUUCCCCUAUGCCAAGGGGAAUUGUUUCCCGUGGCCGCCCGCUUCAUCUUGCCGGGUUAUCGAUAUCCGCCGGGCUCUCCAUGGCCUCAUCCCCGCGUGUGGGGGAACACGAGCGAGCUCGUCACGUUGAAUCCCUCCAACUUUCUCCUUACGUCCAACACUGACUGCGACGUCAUCACCGGAGCCAUUGACCGAUAUCGGCCUUUGAUCUUCAUCGAUCCCGAUGCCGUCGUUUCCUCAGAUUUGGUGGCUAUCCCCAGUCUUACUAUUCAAGUCCUCACCGACGAGCAUUGCACUCUUUUCCCGCAAUUGGACUCCGACCCGGAUUACGAAGCAUAUACUUUGGACAUUCCGUCCAGUGGAGGAGCCAAGGUAGAAGCCAAGACCAUCUGGGGAGCCCUGAGAGGCCUGGAGACAUUCUCCCAGCUCGUUUGGACCCUGAAAGAUGACAACGGCAACUCAUUUGCGGUGGCAAACGUUACUAAGAUAGAAGACAAGCCGAGGUUUCCCCAUCGUGGGAUUCUCCUGGAUACAGCGCGACAUUUCCUGACCGUGGAAACGUUGAAAAGGAAUUUGGAUGCGAUGGCUUACAACAAAUUCAACGUCUUUCAUUGGCAUCUCACCGACGAUCAGGCUUUCCCCUACCAAAGCCAAGUCUUCCCCCUUCUGUCGGAGAAGGGGGCAUACACGCAACGGCAUUUGUUCCGUCAGGAUGACGUGAGGGAGGUGAUGGAAUACGCCCGAUUGAGGGGCAUCCGGGUCAUUCCUGAGAUCGAUAGCCCUGGACACACCCAUGCCAUGAGAAAAGGGCAUCCUGAGUUGCUGACUGCGUGCUACGGAGACGGGGUGAAUCCAGGCACUCCAGAUUACCCGAAUCACGCUGACAGAGAAGUCCUGGACCCGAGCAAGAACUCUACAUAUGAAUUCAUGAAAACACUAUUUCAGGAACUCAAAGACUUGUUUCAAGACAAGUUUCUCCAUCUUGGCAUGGAUGAAGUGAAACAUGCUUGUUGGGAGAGCUCACCAGAGAUCCAGAACUUCAUGACGGAAAACGGUAUACAGGACUACAGUCAACUUGAGCAGUAUUACAUCAAUAGACACGUGGCCAUGAUCCAGGGACUGGGCUCUCGCUACAUCUCCUACCAGGAUCCCAUUGAACUUGGACUCGAUUUAGGAGACGCCCUGGUGCAAGUGUGGAAGGAUGGAGAACUAGGCGGUGAAUUCUCGUCCUGGCAAGAUUACAUGAUGAUGGUGACCGGGAAGGGUUAUCAGGUCAUCUUCUCAUCCUGCUGGUACUUGAACUAUAUCUCGUAUGGAGAAGACUGGAGACGCUACUACGAAUGCGAUCCCACCAACUUUCCAGGCACCGAAGAGGAGCGGUCUCUCGUGGUCGGGGGAGAGGCGGCAGUUUGGGGAGAGUUCGUGGAUGGAGUGAAUUUGGAGGCCCGAUUGUGGCCGAGAGCUUCUGCCGUGGCCGAACGACUCUGGUCCGACCCCGUCGACGUAUUGGGGAACACGGACGAUGCGCUCUUCCGAAUUCAUCAGCACAGAUGUCGCAUGCUCAGGUUUACAAGCUGGUUCUUCUGGUCUUUCUGGUUCGACGAGAGGGAGGUAACGAAUUCCAAUUUUGCAGGAGAGGAGUGA